AUGGAUAUUUUUGUAACUAUUUUUAUUAAUUUUGAUGUAAUAGUAAAAAAUUUCAACUUUUUAUACUAUUUACUACUUUUUAUUAUAAUUGAUUUGUUUAUUUUAUUUAUGAUUAAAUUGAAUGUUAUAUUGCAUCAUCAAAAUAAAAAUAAAGUUGAAAAUGAAGAUACUUUAUUAAAUAGAAUGUUGUUCUUGAUUGAAAAUAAAACACUCAUUAGAAUAUUUAACAGUGAUAAAGUAUAUAAAUACUUAGAUUAUGAUUUAAAUAAUUAUUCUAGAAGUGCUAUUAAGUCAGAAAACAUGCGUGUUAGUGUUAAUAAUAUUCAAUCUAUUAUUCAUGAAAUUGGAUUUCUAUUACUGGUUUACAUUUUAAAAAUAUCAAAUUCAUCAUUAAAAUUUGAUGAGUUUUAUUUUCCUUACUCAACUAUUACUAAUAAUUUGAAGAAAAUUAAUAAUAACACUGUUUCACUUGUACUUAAUUAUUACAUUAUCAUUAAAUUGGGUUACAAUGAAAGUGUUGAAGUUAAGAAAAUUGAUGAAAUUAAAAAUUUUGAUUUUAAAAAUAUUUCAGUGAAAGAAAGAAAUUUAAACAACUUUAACUUGACUAUUAAAAAAAGAGAAAAAAUUGUUAUUGUGGGUCCAAAUGGAUCUGGGAAAACUUCAUUUUUACAUGCACUAUUGAAAAUUAAUAAGUUUGAAGGUAAAGCCACGGUUAACGGUGAGGAUAUUAAUGAGGUUGAUUAUUAUCAUCUUUUGUCAUACGUAUCUCAAAAAUGCUCCUUAUUUGAUAUAAGUAUUUAUGAUAAUUUGGUAUUAGAAGGUAAAGUAGAUGAAGAUUAUUUAAUGGAAACUUUAAAACGUUUUAAUUUUCCGGUUGAAAAGUAUAAUUUACACCAGAGAAUUAACGAAAAUUUUAAUAUGAGCCAAGGAGAAGUUCAAUUAAUCAAUGUUAUAAGAUGUUUAUUAAAACAGGCAGAUCUUUAUAUAUUUGAUGAACCAACUAAUAACUUAGACAAAACCAAGGUUAAGAUUGUCUUUGAAAGUAUUUUAAAUUUAAAUGAUACUGUUAUUGUUUGUACACACAACAAUGAUUACCUUGAUAAAUUCGAUCAUGUUUUUUAUUUUAAUUAA